UGAUAUAAACGUUAAUACGCUUUGUUACUCUGAAUUGUGUUCAGAAAAUUUUUAUUGUUACAUUUAAAAAUAAAAUAAAAAGAGAUAUAAAUAACUUAUUUGAAUAGCGCAUUAUAUACAGAUUAUUUAACGCUUAGAGAUUUGUAUAUCCAAAUGCACACAUGCAUCUCCAUUAGUUACACUACAUUGCUUACAGAAUUAUUACCUGACGCUUAAUAAUUUAUAUGUUUUGUUCUGUUGCAGACGUUUUCAUCGAGAGAUAAUCGGAAAUUUCAGAAGAUCAAAUAAAAUUGCUAUCAUUUCAAAUGCGGACAAUGAGAAUCUAUUAAAUUUACUUUAAGCUAACACUCCACAAUAUUAUUGCUCAAAAAAUGCUGUAGUACUUAAUAAUUGCUGAAAUUUAUUAAAACAAAUAGAUCCUUUGCGAAACCUUAACAGACCAUGUGAAACCACAGAACGUGGAAGUUAUGCUUUAAGCGUGUGCUUUAUCGUACUAGUUCCGAACCAAAGUUUUAAAUGUGAGAGAACUAACAAACUGUGAGCUUGAAAUAUACAUUCAAGAGUACAGAAAUGUGAUAAGAGUUCGAUAAAGUGGCAUUUCAAAGCAAAGUAAAAUUCGUUAUACCACGGCACUCUCACCGGUAGGAACGCAUGAAUCGACGAAGAAGAGAGCAACGAAAAAUCGAAGAGCACGAGUGACAGGAAAAUGUCGAUUCAGGGGCGCAACCUGUCCGAUAAUCCAGUCUCCACAGAAUAUUUCGGUGCUUUAGAGGCCGACGAUGACUCGUCGAUCGUUCCCCGGUUCUCCACCAUUACUUCCGGAAUUGCGAAUGUUACCUCACCAGUCAUCCCGCAGUCAUCGGGUCAAGAUAGUCUCCUGGAGAAUGUUAUUAUACCGCUGUACGGUAUAAUCUUCUUCCUCUCCAUCGUCGGGAAUUCCUUAGUGCUUAUCACCCUGGCGAGAAAUAAACGGAUGCGCACGGUGACAAAUGUUUAUCUGUUGAACCUGGCUGUAUCAGAUCUUUUACUCGGUGUGUUCUGUAUGCCCUUUACUCUUCUGGGUCAGAUUCUCAAGAAUUUCGUUUUCGGCCUCGCAAUGUGCAAGCUGAUACCAUAUUUUCAAGCCGUGUCGGUGUCGGUGUGUGUCUGGACGUUGGUUGCCAUUUCACUCGAACGCUAUUUUGCCAUUUGUCGACCAUUAAAGUCGAGACGAUGGCAGACACAGUUUCACGCUUACAAAAUGAUUGUUCUCGUAUGGACUGUCAGUCUCAUAUGGAACGCGCCAAUUCUCAUCGUAUCCCAGUUAAAAAGUUUAAGUGGAGGAAGGCAUAAAUGUCGCGAAUGGCCGAGCGUCGACCGAAGAGCGUACAAUCUCUUUCUGGACGGUACGUUGCUCCUGAUACCAUUGCUGCUCAUGUGCCUGGCUUACUCGCUGAUAGCGAUGAAACUUUGGCGCGGCCUGAAGCUCGAGAUACGACAGUCAUCAACAUGUACCAGGAGACUCGCGAGAACGGAGUCUAGUGCAAUAAUUCGGGGCUCAAAUUACAACAACAACAAUGAUCGAGAUGCAAGAUCGACAGUGGUAUUUGAUGCUUGCGGCCCGACUUCAAGAACGCGGCGGAGCUUCUCGUCUUCCUCGAGGCACUUCCAAAGCGCUUCUCAAAGUGCACCACCUAGGGUGCGGUUACCACGAACGAUGGUCUCCAGGGUAUUUACCGGCAGAUGUCACGGUACAGCUUUGUCCCAGAAUUCCCGGAUCCAAAUUCGAACAAACGGAAGUGGCUGUUUAACGCGAGACACGAAGGAUAUCUCUAAUGAGGAUCAGCAGGACUCAACCUGUCCGCUCAGCAGACAACAUGUGAUACGGAGUAAUUACAUGGGGAAGAGCAUAGAGGCGAAGAAGAAGGUGAUCAGGAUGCUCUUCGUAAUAGUCCUGGAAUUCUUCAUAUGCUGGGCGCCGUUGCACGUAAUCAAUACGUGGUACCUUUUCGCACCCGAGCUGGUGUACUCGGUCGUAGGUAGCACCGGCAUCAGCCUGGUACAAUUACUGGCCUAUGUUUCGAGUUGCUGCAAUCCCAUCACGUACGGUUUCAUGAACAGGAAAUUUCGCCAGGCAUUCCUCGGACUGUUCGACUGCCACCGGUGUUGGAGGGUAGGUUGCAGGCACAGCGACAUCGCAAUGGCGACCACCGGAAACGCCGGGCAAGCUGGCAAUAACAGCGAAUUAAGUGGAAACGACUCGACGGUAUAUCUAGGCAAAACAUCCCUCGUCGCCAGAUCAGAGGUAGUGCGGUUGCUGGAGGAGGAAGAUCGUGUCUAGUAUAAGUCAUGCGGAUUAUGCGACAUGGCGGCGAACGUGUCUCUACCCCAAUCUCGCGAGGAGGAGGAGGAUUUUUUUCUGAAAAUAUCCUGGCGACCGCCUGCCGACAGGAUCGCUUGUCGUGUAAGUGGUAAGGAACUUGUGCGCGCCAGUACGUCUCAUUGCUCAUCGAGAUCUUCCUGCAUGGACAAUCUCAACUUUCUUUACGAUUGACUGAAGUGAAACAUUAACGUGAUUCCCAAUGUUCAGUGACAUGCGUAUUCUUGGCCUAACGGAAACCUCAGAUCUCAUUUUUUAUAGCUUUAGUUAAUAGAUUUUUUAUAGCUUUAGUUAAUUUAUGAAAAUUUAAACGCAUUUGUCUUACAAAAAAACCUCAUUAAGUCUUUCUGAAAUCGCGUAAAAUUAUUUUUCUAUCCUGCAUUGAAUCAAUUGUUUACAUGACUAAUAAUUAAAAAAUUAAUGUUUUGUAUAAAAUAAUUAAAAAUAACGAGCGAAAGUCUUGUAGAUGUGUAACAAUUCUAUAUGCGUAAGAAAAAUUAAUUUGCCGAGCGUAUUACAUCUUAAUAAACUUGUAAAAUUGUUGAAAUUAAUACUUAACUAGUAGUUCGUUAAGUCUAAUCAAUUAAUAUAUUCUUAACAACGAUGAUCUAUUCCAAAAUGGACACGAAUAUAUUAAAAAUUGUAUUUUUGCAUCGAAAUUUUUUCUUAUUCUAUUCUUUAAGUAUAAUGAUAAUCUAAAUAUAAUGAUGCCGCUAUGAAUAUUCGUGAUAUUGUAAAAAAUACUAUUUCCAGAAGAUUAAUAAUUAACCUAAUUUUGUGAGAUAAUGUCUUAUAUGCUUGGAUUAAAAAAAUGACAAAACGCUUUGGGCACUUCCGCCGGCAAGCUCUUAACCCGGAGCGAUAAAGUAUAUUUAUCUAAUAAACACAGUUUUAUGCGAAAAACAAACACAGUUAUGCCAUUUUUGCUUAACGCCUGCUCAUUUAUGUUACUGCUAAUUUCGAGAGACGGUUUUAUAUUUCAUACUUGCGCACACUCGGUUAUUAAAUAUUUUUACAUUUAUUACAUUUAUUCCGGAAUAGAAACUGCGUUUUAUUCAAUUUUCAUGGCUUCCGACGAAAACCGCAAAACUUCGCGCUCCGCGCGAUGCAUUCAAGAGAAUCUUUGAUCAAGUACAUUAUUCAACGCGAAUAUAGAAACGUGCCGUAUGAUAUGUAGUUCACAUAUCUUUCGUCAUGCAUACCUUUGAUACACCUGUUGCACACGAUUCAUGGAUCUGUCAGAGAAUAACCCUUAAAUGAGGUAUACGACUACGUUACUUGGUUGCAAAGUGUAUCAAAGCUGUACUUGCUACUCUCUCAUAUUUAUACGAUGGCACUUCAAUAUGUUACUGGUCAUGUAACGAAGGCAUUUUCCGUGUUACAUAACACUGUAUCGAUUGCUAUGAAGCGUGGUAUUUAUUCUGAAAGAUUUAUCUUACUUCUAUUGAAUUUAUUUAUUCUUUUAACAUAUUAUUUAAGAAAUGUUUCCUUGGUGAAAUACUAUACAGUAGUAUCCUUUUAUGUUAGAUCGGGUUGAAUUUACGAAAUUGUAAAAAUGUGUCAGCAAUAAGAAAUAAAUUUUCAAACGUUCAUCGUCGAAUAACUGUGUUUGUUUCGAUACAAUUU